CUUCUUAGCCUUUUAUUGAACAUGUGGGGAAGAAAAACACAUAAAUGAAUUGAAACAUCAAUAUUAAUGAUUAGGGGUGUACAUGGACCGGGUUGGUUCGGAUUUUUUACAAAUCAAACCAAACUAUUUGUGUCGGGUUAUUAAAUUUAUAAAUCAAACUAAAUCAGUAAAAGUCGGAUAUUUCGAUAUCAAUUUUCCUCGGGUUUUUUCGAGUUUUUCGGGUUUUUUCAUAGUAUCUAAUAAAAAGCACAGAGCAGUGCUUCUUAAAAAGAGUUUUAGUACAAAAUAUCAAGGGUAAAUUACCCUUUUACACAUAUUCCCCUAAUAUAUUUACUUUUAUUCCCAUAUACAUCAAAAAAUUUCCAAAUUCCCUCUUUUUCCUUUCUCUCUCUAUACCUCACUGAUACAUCCGCCUCUUCCUUCAUCCUUGCCCUAAUUUGCUCUAGUUAAUUUGUUAUUCUUCAACUGUUAAUCAAUCUCAAGGUUCCAAAUAAGGUAUAUUUCAAUCUUCCCUUAUAUGGAAUUUUACUUCAUUCUCAUUCAAUCUGAUUUCUCCUAAAAUUUGUAUAUUUUGAUUUCUUCUGAAAAUCUUUGAAAAAUCUUCUAAAUUUUUAUCAUUUGCUUUCUUCUGUAAAUCUUUCUAUUUUUGUUUCUCAUACCUUCAAUGAUACAUAUGGAAUCCGUUCAUGGUCUCAAAAAGUCCAAUAAAAAUCAACGAAUUCUUGUUUCUCCUGGUUUUGAUUCGUCUUGGGAAGGUUACGACGAAGUUAGAUCCAAACAUCGUAACGAUCCAGCAGUGAUGAAUAAGCUACGUGAGAAAUUGAAGUCGAAAGCUACAGUUAAACAUGCACCCAAAGAAAUAGACAACAAGAUUGAAGGGGUUACAACAUGCCCUAAUCUCCCAAAGGAAAUGAAAUACGUCAUCAAGAAGAUCCCGUCCCACCCAUUGAGAUUCGGAACGGCAUAUGGGGCUAAUUUUCUUGAUGAUUUUGAAUCAUCAAUAGGUGAAGAAGGUAUAAAGUUAUUUAGGAUGGAAUUUCUAUUCCAAAUACUGGACUACAUGCCGAAUUCUUCCGUUCAAGAUAUGCCACACUAUUGUGGAAUUUUGGUUGUCGAAAGGCCAAGGAUGGUUAUGUUAGCGAUACCGAAGAUCCUAAAAAUCUAAGAGAGAUUUCAUAUCUUCUAGUCAAGGAGAACCGAUGGACGUCGAGUAGUUUUUUUUUGAAUUUUGUAUUAGAAGAAUGUACAAUUACCAGACUUUUAAGUUUUUCUCAUGUAUGAAACUCUAAUAUAAGAUGAAAGUUUAUAUAUCAUAUUAUCAAGCAUCAAACUUGACUGCUUCUUGAUUCUGAUACAUACUAUUAAUGUAUCAUAUUCUAAUGUAUAAAACUUGACUGCUUCUGAUACAUAUUGUUAAUGUAUCAUAUUCUAAUGUAUAAAACUUGACUGCUUCUGAUACAUACUGUUAAUGUAUCAUAUUCUAAUUUAUCAAACUUGAUUGUUUCUGAUACAUACUGUUAAUGUAUCAGAUUCUAAUUUAUCAAACUUGAAUUCUUCUGAUAUUGUAUAUGUAUCAGCAUCUCAUGUAUCAAGAUUUAGUGAUUCUGAUACA